AUGCACCGACGCCAGGCUUGUGCAGCGCUACCCAAUGAUGAGAAUCCUGAACAGGCGGUGCAGCGACGCCUUCGGGAGAGCGAGGAGGUCGCGGAGAGGGUAAAGUUCCUGCAAGACCGUGUGGAGCUGGAUGCGGCGCUGGAGAGGGCAGGGGACUCCUUGGUGGUCCUGGAAGUAGCCUCCGAGGAAAUUUGCCAGACGGGGUGGGACGAGGAGCCGGAGCUGCAGUGGGACGAAGAUAAGCGGGCGGCGCUGGAGCCCUGCCUGCGCCUCAAGCACACCUUUGCCCGCAUUGCCCGUGACUGCUCGGAUGCCGUGUUUCUCGCCAUCAGCGCGGAUGACCCCAAGUCCAAGGAGCUUGUGGAGGAGCUGCAGGUCAAGACGAUCCCGACGGUGCAGUUCAUCAAGAACAAGCAGCUGCUCUGGGAGCACAAGGGCAUCAACAAGCUGGAGCAGAAUCUGAGCGAGGGCGUGCUCUAUUAUGGUGACCAGGCGGCCGAGAACCUGAAGGCCAGCAGCUUUGUCAAGGAUCUGCACAGCCCCGAGGAGUUCCAGGAGUUUGUCAAGUCGCAGGACAAAGACGUGCUGACGGUGGUGGAUGUCUGCGCCUCCAUGUGCGAGCCCUGCGUGCACAUCUUUCCCGCGGUCCUGGCGCUGGCGCGCAACUUCGAAAAGCACGCGGCCUUUGCGCGCGUCCAGCUGGACGAGACGCCCGAGCUGGAGGCGCUGCUGGCGGGGUCUCUGGGCAUCCGCGACGUCCCCACCUUCCUCUUCUACCGCAACGGCGCAGCGGUAGGACGCCACGUGGGCGGUUCCCGUGCCGACCUCAUCGGCAACAUCCUGCAGCAGCAGCCGAUCGACUGCCGGAGGGACGCUGAGUGGCGGCUGUGGCAUGCCAGCAGGGCAUAA